AGUCGUAAAUUUUCCAAGGUUGGCUGAAACUUGAAAGAUACGUUAGAGAGAGUAGAGAAGGAAGAUGAGUGAGAGAACAGUGCCCCGAAGAGAGAGUCCAUGGGGUUUGCCUGAAGGUGCCAGACAACCUAAGGCCCAUCGAUGCAACGACCGCGUCGAGGAUGUUGUUCAGGCGUGUUUUGAGGGCAAUCCAUUUAAAACGAUACCAGGGCCUUUCAAGCUAUUCUGGCGGUGCAUGCGUUCGAAGCCUGGGGAAGAGCCCACUGAGCCAUUCUAUUACUUGCAGUUGGAGCCCCCCAAGAGAGAAGUGCACCUCGAAUAGAGCCUUGCUUUUGCUAUAAUCUAAACCUUUAAUAAGGUUGUUUACGAUCCUGUCUCUCUAGGUGUUACUUGACGAUAGGAAUCUGCACUUUGGAAGGUUGUUCACACCAAAAUAUUCCCCCGAUGAAGAUUGAAAGUUUAUGUUCUAUUUUUUUCCUGUGUUCUAAUAAGGGGAAAUAUCUAAUUUAAAAUGAUGAUAUAGAUAGAACUUCGAGAUACUACACUAUUUUGCUCGUUAUGUUUGUUGGCGACUACUAAAUGGACUCUGAUUGCAACUUCUAUCUUUCUUCUAGGAAUGAAUGAUUUCCUGGGAGUUUCUGGUAUGGUGGAAAUUUCAUCUUUUUUUAGAAAACCUUGGCCAUGGUUGAUUUCA